GGAUAAGCAUAAUAGGAAGUGCAGUCCACAUCAGAUAUAGCCAAAGGUUAUCCAUCUCUGGCUUAGAGGGAUACAAAAUGCAAUGGUAGAAGGAUACUCCUAUAAAAAGACAGCUGUAACAUGGUAAUGGGAGUGUGAGUUAGAAGAGACAGCUGCAAGGAACAAUAUCUGUGCCAGGAAGAGAGGGGCAGAGACAGCCCAGAAGGGGGAGCUGUCUUUUUAAGAGGCGGAGAGAAGGAGGAUCUGGGAGAGACGGACAGAGACAAAGGAGAGAGAGACGGGCAGGAAGGGAAAGAGACAGUACCUUGUUGGAGAGAGUUUUCCACGUGGGAAGAGAGUCAGCACGACAAGUCAAGUUAUGAAAGAGACAGUGGUCUGAACAAGAGUGCUCCAUGACAAAAGGACAACUGAAGAGACGGCAAGAAAGGGACUGCUUAAACAGCCUAAUUACUACUAAUAAUUAGACAGUCGUGUAGAAGAAGAGACAGUCGCCCCUCUCCGCGUUAUGGACUGGUCAGGGAGUCACACUAAAUAGAAAACUGUCUCUUUUCCAGCCCCACGUGGCUGUUUUUUGUUUUACUUCUUUUCUGUCUCUGUCUCCAUCCCAUUGUAGUGUUUGUGACUGGCAGUUUCUUGGCAAUUCAGGUCAUCUCCCCCCUUUCACUUCAUCCCUGUCCCUGGCUGUCUCUUGACCUUUUAAGAGACACUCUCUGACUGACUGUCUCUUGCUUGAAAAUUAGCAGUCUCUUUGUAGACUUCCCUUGUUGCCUCAUGGCAGCUCUCAGUAGCCCAGGCUCCAGCCCCCACACCACCUCCCCCAAGGUGUACUUUCAGUCUCCCAGCGAGAGUGCUGAGGAGCCAGAGAGACGGCAUCAGGGCAAAGUGACUGUCAAGUAUGACCGCAAAGAGCUCAGGAAGAGACUGCGCCUGGAGGAGUGGAUCCUGGACCAGCUGGUGGCCUUGUAUGACUGCCAGGUGAGAGCAAUUACUGACCAUCUCUGCCUGGCUAGGGCAAUCUGCUGCUCUCUGACUGUCCUUGGGCUGACCUGAGAGUAGUGAGAGUUGUAGUCCAAGGACAAGUUUCUAUUCCAUUGCUAACUAGGCUGGCUCAGUUUCAUGGGAAUAUGAUCCAAGACAGCUGGGGGUAUUAAAGGUUAACUAGCAAUCUAUCCCUUUUUUCAGUGUUCCAUUCCCAGUUCUGUGAUCAGAACAAAGAAUAAAUUAGCCAGAGGCAAUUAGUAGUUUCCAUUUAAUAGCAUUAUGAACAAUGCCACAUUAUCCCUUUUAACAAUGAAUGGAAUUAGCAGGAUCCCUGCCAGAACGCUGUGUUAGAUACACACAUGGGAUCAUUCCUGCUGUUCUACCCCUGCUUGGGGCAACUAGACAGCGACUUUUCAUGCUAGGGCACUGCCAUGUGGCAGAUAGGCUGCCUUCCUGCCUCCACCCCUCCACUGCUGGGCUGAUGGCAGGAGGGAUGGGCAGGGUCACAAUGUGCUGAUGCCAUCCUGAGUCACGGGAACAGCUGAGGACACCUGUCAUCACCAUGUGUUAGAACAACUUCACAGGGGGGAUGGGUGGGACAGAUCUAUAUAAUUAUUUUAAUACUUUUUAUGCAUUUGUUGUUUUGGUUGUGUGCCCAUAUCUGGAUAUAUGUUUGUGCAUUUCAUUUUUAGUAUGUCAUACUACAACAAACAAAAGGAAUAGAUUUAGGUUAAGACACACUAUAUGUGUACAAAUUUAUAAUCAACGUAUCAAAGGAAAAAAUUGUUUUUGUCAUCCCUGGUUUAGAUUUUCUUUCGGAUCUAAUGAUUUAUUUCAGAAAGUGUUUUCCAAAAAAAACGUGUGUGUGUGUGUGUGUGUGCACGCGCAAUGUUUUUGUGGAAAUUACACAAUCCUUCAAAAUUAUGUUAAAUGUUUUGAGAUUUUUGUGUUUUCCUUUCAGUUCAAUUUAACCUUGUAUUUAUGUAUUGGGAAAAGUUUCGGACCCCCCAGGACAGAAAAUAAAUAUCGAAGGCAAUCUGUUUACAGUCAAAUAACAAAUAGUUUUUGACAUUUAUUCAGUGACGGGUUAGAGCAAUCCAACACAUUUUAUGCAAUCCCAUGGACAGCACAGAAUAAAGUGUGUUGAAAUAUAAAAAACACAUCUGUUGAAAUCACUAUGCAUGCCUCUGCUACUAAAUUUGUUUAAACUGUGGGGUAUUUUCCCUAGUCACGGAGUUGUGGAGAUCUCACAAGGAAAUGGCUCAUUUUAGGCCGGAAUUGUCAAAGUUGGAAACAUUUUUUCAAAAUGUAUUAGUUUUCACGCCCCGCUAUUUCUGUCUGAAAUUUGCAAUCCUUUGUCAAUUCUUUACAGGUUCUGGUUUAGUGAAUAAACCACUUUGUGUUUAUACAUCGCAUGCAUUGAUUGUGGUCACUUAUUCUGUUUCACAUCCGUCUUCUCAUGUAGUAGGUCAAAUAUCCCACUCUCACAUCCUCUUUUCGAGAAGGACAUCCCUCAAACUUCCUUUAAAACACAUUGAUCUGACUUUUCCACAUUGGGCAUAUUUGGUUACUGUGUGAAGUGUGGCUCAAGGUACCAAGAAUUCACACUUGACUCCUUGGAAGUGAAACUGUCCCUCUCCCUCUCUCGCUGAUAAAUAAAACAUGGUGUAUAAAAAAAGCCCACAGAUAACCUCAGACUUGGCCUUAACCUGGAGACUACAGUGGUUAUGUAUUACGAAUUUACCUUCCCUUGUUUUGUUUCUUUUUUACUUGUGGUAUAGAUAAUCGUGUGUUUGUUAAUAUGUGCAUAAAUGGUAUUUGUUUUACAGCACAGAUAAUGCCUUAUACUGGGCGGCAGAGAAUUGUUGUUUAACCCUUUUAAAUACUGGAAAAGUUUAGCAAUUUUCCUUCAUUGUAGGUCAGACCAGUUCUUUGCGUUUUUUUUUGUUUGUUUGUUGUUUUUUUUUUUGAAAUUUGUAUUUUAUUGGUUUUCACAUCAAAAAAAACGAGGGGUGGGUGGGGUUGGGUACAGAAAAAGAGAAGGGAGGUGGGAAAAGGGGGGGGGUACAGUCACUUUACAUCGAAUCCUAUGUCGGUUAGGAAUAUAUAAAAAUUGACAAUUGACAAUUGACAGUUGACAUUUGCAGGCAUUUGAGGCGGCUCAACAGCACACAGUAAUCGGUUGAUCUCCUUAUGUACAGUACAAAUGAUCCGACUAUCUAGGCUUACUACCCAUUCCUAGGUCCCAGUCUGCUUUAUACUACUCUCAGACGUAAUAGUGUUCCCCCCAGUCUUGAGGCGAUUGCCACCCCCCGUCUACCUGCGUUUAGCUUUUGUGGUUAGCUGAGUUGUUAUUUUAAGUUGUGAUUGGUGGGUACGUGUUGUGCAUUAGCGUUUCUCCAAGCUCGCCACUGUUCCCAUGUGCUACCACUGCAUUUGGUGCUAUUCUGCACUUUGGAAAAGCUUGUUUCGUAAAUAGCCUGCUUGUCUAUGUCUUGGAUGAGGGCAGGAAUGCUAGGGGUGUCUGUUGUUUUCCAAAGUCGUGCGAUCAGUUUUUGUGCGGUUAGCAGGACGUGGUACAUUAAUUUUCUCGCUUGUGUGGGUGUUUCUCUGGGUAUAUCUAACAGUAAAAAGGUCUUAGGGUCAAAGGGUAGGUGGAUGGUGGUAGUAUCUGCAAUGAUUUUUCUUGUGUCUUCCCAAUACCUGAUUAGGCGUGGACAUUUCCACCAAAUGUGGAGGACCGAGCCUUUCUCUUGUUUGCAUCUCCAACACGUCGGAGACGCAGUGGGAUACAGUUUGUGUAUUCGUAGCGGCACCAUAUACCACCGAUAUAUUGUUUUCUGGUGUUGUUCUAUAAGGGGAGCAGAUUUGAUCAAUUUUCUAUUGGAAGAUGUGAUGGACGCCCACUGUUUCUCAGUGAUGGGAGUUUGGAGGUCCAUUUCCCAUUGGUGUGCUGGAGUGGAGUCAGAAAGGGAUUGGUAUGGCAGAAUAAGUCUGUGUAGCAGCCAGAUAAGGGUUUGAAGGUCUGGGGUAGUUUGCCUGUGAUGCCUGUUUGUUCCCAGGUCGAUAGCGCACUGGCAAUUGUAGUCUCAUUUCCACUAUCUUUAUUACGUGUAUGUAGAAAGGAUUUAAGUUGGAUGUAUGAAUAGCUUGAUGUGUGUGGCAGGUGAAAGAUCGUGUUAAGUCGGUCAAAACCCAUCAGCUUGCCUGAUUCAAAGACCUGAGCUAGGUGUGAGAUUCCCUUGUCCUUCCACGGCAUUGCGUGAAAUGUUGGGAUGCCGUAUGUUAUGGCUUCUAUGGGGGUUGCCAUGGAGAGGGGGUUGGCUGUCUCAAACUUCCUCCUAUGCGUGUCCCAAAUCUGUAACGCUAGUUGUACUUGUAAUGGUAGUAACGGUGUAGUUGGUCUGUUUGAUUUGUGCAACCAUGUCAGGAUGUGGAUUGCAAAGGGCUUAACAGCUAGGUUCUCUAGGUGUACCCAUUGUGGUUGGUUGUUCCUCACCAAAUGUGUUAAUAGAGGGGUUAAGGCUGCCGCCUGAUAGUAGGCUUUUACAUUUGGAAACGCCAUGCCCCCGUGUUUCACUGGUGCGGAUAGUAGUUUGCAAGAGAUUCUCGCCCGUUUUGCUCCCCAGGUAAACUGCAGUAGCUUCGAAUGUAUGGUUUUAAAGUAAGAUUGUGGUACCUUUAACGGGAGGUUCCGAAACACAUAUUGUAGUUUCGGUAGUACCGACAUUUUAAUAGCCACAAUACGUUCCGUCCAAGUAAGGAACAAUUUUUCCCAGCCCCUUAUCAAGGUCAGGCACUCAUUCCAUACUUUGGUGUAGUUAGUUGGGAACAUGUCAGAAGCUUUUUUGGUGAACGUCAGACCUAGGUAUUUAAUAUCGUUCGUGCGCCAUUCGAAUUGGUAGGUUUUACGUAGCUGUGUGAGGGCUGGGGGAUCUAGGCGUAACCCUAAUGCUUGUGUUUUGGAGGUGUUUAAGGAGUAGUAUGAGAGACCACCAUAUUCCUCGAUAAGGUGCAUUAUGUGUGGUAGGGAGGUAACAGGAUGGGAAACAUAUAAAAGGAUAUCAUCCGCAAAUGCACUAAUCUUGAUUUGGCGGCCGUGCCAAUUUACGCCUUCAAUGUCUGGAUGGGAUCUAAUAGCUAUUAGUAAGGGCUCCAGGGCCAGUACAUACAACAGGGGGGACAGAGGGCAUCCCUGUCGGGUGCCGUUUGUAAUGCGAAAGGGGUCUGAUUUGAAGCCUGCUUGUAGUACCUGAGCCCUUGGGUGUGAAUAUAGGGCGAAUACUUGUUGAAUGAACUGUUGUGGGAAUCCAAAUAUCGAUAAGACUUGUUUCAAGAAGCACCAACCUAGGCGGUCAAACGCUUUUUCAGCGUCCAGAGCUAACAGUAGCCCACCUUGGCCUGAUCUUCUCAAUUCUUCCAUAAUUAGGGACAGUUUUCGUGUAUUGUCUAACCCCUGUCUCCCCAUCACGAACCCUGUUUGGUCAUCGUCUAUGAUUGAGGGCAAGAUUUUACCCAGUCUGGAGGCCAGGAUUUUUGCGUAUAUCUUAGCGUCUGUAUUUAAUAAGGAGAUAGGUCUAAAAUUUUUACAUUGGUCCGGGGGUUUCCCAGGUUUUGGCAGGGUAACUAUAGUUGCUAGUAGCAUCUCAGGAGGAAGUUCUCCCGAGUCAGAAGCUGCUUGGAAUAUUUGGACAAGUUUAGGGCCUAAUAUGUCUGCAAAAGUUUUAUAAUACAGGUUUGGUAGGCCAUCUGCUCCUGGGGUUUUUCCUGGGGGGAGGUUCCUUAUUGUUUGGAGUACUUCUGAUAGAGUAAUAGGUUGGAGUAAUUGUUCUAUUUGGUGGUGGUUUAUUGUGGGGAGGGGUAGACGGGUUAGAAACUCCGUGAUGUUACUGUCCUGGAUGGGGGGGGUAUCUGGUCUUUCGCCCAAAUUAUAGAGGCUGGAGUAAUAGUUGGCGAACUCCUGAGUGAUAUCCAUUGGAUUUUGUAUUUUGUUACCUUCUGGGUCUUGAAUAUGCGCUAUUUUGGUGGCUGCCAGCUUUGCUCUCAGCCUGUUAGCUAGGAGUUUGGUGGCUUUCCCGCUGUGGUGGUAGUGGGUCGCUUUGAGCUUGUGUAACAUGUAUGAGGUUUUGACCGCUUGUAAUUCGGUGAUUUUAUCUAGCAGAGUUUGGAUUUGUAGUGCUAGGGCUCGAGAAGGGGCACCUUUAUUUUGGGUAGUUAAUUGUGUUAAUUGUCGUUGGUAUUCCAUUAAGGUCGCUUGUCUAUGCUUUUUAAGAUAUGAGGAUUGUCUAAUAAAUAAACCGCGAACAACGGCCUUAUGGGCCGACCAGGUGGUCGAGGCUGAUGUUUCCCCACCUGAGUUUGUCUGAAAGUAAUUGUUAAGGUCAUUCUUUAUUUGUUCCACGAAGUUACUGUCUUGUAGUAGGGACUCGUUUAGUCUCCAGUUCCCUCUACCUUUGAACUGAUAUUUAUCAUAUAGAUCCAGGGACACCGGGCCGUGGUCAGACCACGUAAUGUCUCCCAUUGUACAUUUGGCUACUUGUGGUAAUGUAGAUUGGUCUACGUAGUAGGUAUCUAUGCGGGUGUAGGUGUUAUGUACUUUGGAGUGGAAGGAGUAAUCCCGUUCUCUUGGGUGGAGUAUUCUCCAGCUAUCAUACAGGUUAUGUAAUGUGAGCAGUCUAGACAGUUUUUUGCCUGUGGAUACUAUAUUUGCUCGUCUGGUGCCUCUUGGGAGUGCUGUGGAGUCUAAAUCCGGGGAUAUUAUAAAGUUAAAAUCCCCGCACAUCAACAAUCCCCCCUGUCUCACCUUAUCUAUCUCUUUGAGGAUGAGUCUGAGGAAUUGUUCUGAGCCAGUGUUGGGGAAAUAUACAGAAGCCAAUGUAUAUUGGACAUUAUUGAAGAGACCCACUAGUAUUACAUAUCUUCCCUGGGGGUCUAUAGAGACUACUUUUUCUUGAAAUGCUAUGGAUUUGUGUAUGAGAAUAGAGACUCCCUUCGUCUUUUUAUCAGAAGUAGCGUGGUAUUGUGUUGGGUAAAUUUUUGUGUAGAGUGCAGGGGUACGGGUGUUGGUGAAGUGUGUUUCCUGGAUACACACGAUGUCUAUGUCCUCGUUUUUCAGAUCUUGCAGUAGUAGCCUGCGUUUACCCGGGGAGUUCAAUCCUUUGACAUUAUACGUUAUUAGUUUAACCAUGGUUGUAUAUAUAGGGAGGGGCUGCUAUGGAGCGUGAGCUUGGUUACUACUGGUGCUGCUGGUUCAUUGCAGUAUGUCAGUUUGGUAAGCCUGCGGCGGUUCUGCUGUGCCAGGCUUUGUGUUCGUGACUGGGGGAGAGAAUGGGUAGGGUGGAAGUGGGUGGGGUGAAACUGGAAAAACUGGUGGGUGACACACCCAAUUUGGCUCUGAGGAGUGGAGCCUCGAGACUCGCCUAAUAGAUAGGCCUGUCUAGUGGGGGUAGUGGUGGUAAGGUCUUUACACAUGGUAAGCCUCCACCUGAAACCAAAAGAGCAUUGGAACAUCAAAUUGCAAAACUAACAUGUCAUGAACAACAUUAAACUGAUCUUAAUAAUUUUCUAAACACAGCCUCGCUAUAAGGUGACAAUGUUUUAAAAUGUGCCUUCACAGUGGGUUAGUCUCAAUAAACUUCUAAACAUAGCCUCGCUAUAGGAUGGCAUCAUGGCUAGUAUGUGCCGUUAUCUUGCCUGCGCCCCCGUGGGGGGAUAGUAGAAAAGCUUAUUGGGCAGCGCCGCAUUCUAACCAGCAAUUACUGCUGCUUGUUGCAGGUCAGGUAGUAUGAAGUAUAACAAUAAUUAACAAAUACAUUUUGGCUAAGUAAGCAUUAAGCUAUAGCCCUGUAACUUGAAAGUUCUAGCAUUUUAACUUGCACAGUGGUUAUGGAAUAGUUACGCGUGUUCCAGAGGAAGGGCAGUCUUUCGUUUGACAGUCCAUUCCAGUGACAUCUUGGGUACUUUUGUUUUAGUUGGUUCUGUUGCCGGUUGGGGAAGCCCCCAAUCUCUUAGUUUCUGGACGCCUUGCUUCAGGGUCGUGAUGGCGUGUAUGGCCCCUUGGUGGGAGAUCAGAAGUUUGGCAGGGAAUCCCCAUCUGUAAUUCAGGUCAUGCUCCCGCAGGGUGGAGGUGAUCGGCGCCAUUGAUUUCCGGAAUUGGAGAGUGUCCGCUGAUAAAUCCGCGAAGAUUUUGAUGGAGUUGUAUUCGUUCGGCAUACCUGGGUUUCUGCUAGCCCGCAUGAUCUUAUCUUUAGCGUGGAAGAAGUGUAUUCUAGCGAUUACAUCUCUUUCUGCAGUUUGCGGCAGAUGUUUCGGUCUGCGCAGCCUGUGCACCCUGUCGAUUAAUAGUUGAUCCGGGUGUAUUUCUGGUACUAGGCUCUGGAGCAGUUUUGAGAGAUAAUGUUGGAGCUCGGCGUUUGUAAUUGUUUCUGGGAUUCCUCUGAACCGCAGAUUGUUCCGCCUCGCCCUAUCCUCCAUGUCAGCUAGCUUUAGCCUGUGUACUUCCAGAAUGCCGUCCAAUUCCUGGACUUUGUCUGCUAAGCUGUUAUGUGCUUCUGCAUGUUCGUCCAUUUUGGACUCCACUUGUGCUGUGCGGUUUCCUAUUUCAUGUAUGUCUCUCUGUAAAUCAGCAGUUAGAGCCUGAAUUUGCAGCUGUAUGCUUUUCUGUAUAUUGUCUGAAAAUUCAGACAUUAGGGCACGGAUACCUCUCAUCGUAGGUGGCUGGUCUUCUGCCUGCCGUGUGGGGGAUGAUUUGGGUGAGGGGGAGUUUUCCCGCGGUCCGAAGUCGCCGCCAUCUUGCGCAGUCUCCUCUCCCUCGCGCUGCUUGGAUGCCGCGAGUUUCGUGCCGAAAAAGGAGGCACGCUCUGCCUUCCCAGCUUUGUUUUUUGGGCGCUGGGACAUGUUGUGUGCCUUCCCCAGGUGACCCGGGUAUGUGCCGCUUAUUAUUCCGGUUGUUGUGUGCUCGUUUUGGAAUCUGCGCCGGGAGCUGCUCCUACAUGCGACCGUUCAGCUCCGGCGUCAGGCCACGCCCCCCGCCACUUGUGAUUUUAAAAGCAAAAUGGAACAGCUUAGGCUAAAAUAUUUCCAUUUCAGUCUAAACUGUGCAAUCAUUCCUUGGGCUCCUCUUAACACCUCUUAUAAAGAAUAACUCUCCCAUGGAACUCCUGGUAAACGUGCCUUACUAUCGGCCAAUCCUGUUUGUUUGUUUUUUAAGUUACACUUUCACUAAUGAGCUUUAUUUAUUGGCCAACUAAAAUUGUAUGUAUGAGUUGAGCUAUUUAUUUCAAAUUUCUCUGUUUAAUUUUACAAGACAAGCCUAACUUUCAGUUCCAUUAAGUCUUUUGAGCUACGCCCUAUCUCGGAGAGCCGGCGCCUUGACUUGAGCAUCAGCUGAUGUCUCUAAGCCAGUGAGCGCUUCACAUGGCAGGUGGUAUGGAACGGCCCCUGAGAAACCCCAAGUAAGAAGCCAGACCAUUCCUAAAUGGUUUGACUACUUACAUUAACGUGGGUUCCAAGAUAACUACUGCAUUAUUCACUCCAGUAAACGCUUCAAACAAUGUUUUUUGCUCAGCUGCAAGUCAGAAAUCCGGUAUCUCUCAGGAAGCUUCAGAUAUUGGUUCGCACAUCGUUCUAGUGAGCCAUAAUAUGCAAUAUGUGUAUUGGAGAGCAGCUAUAAGGAGUUACCGGAAUACACUGGUUAUCUGCCUGCACGAUCGCUUAUCAACCAGUCAGAUUGUGGAGAAGAGGGCUGUCACAGGACUAUUGUGCUGCAUUCGUGGAUUCUUUACCCCUAGCGUCAGGGCAAGUCACGCCCAGGCAAAUCUUGAAAGUGACCUCAACGUGAGAGUUAUGUGGUUGGCCUUAAGUUAUAAUUUGCAAACCAUGUAACUCUCAUGUUCUUUACCAACUCCAUCUAAAAUAAAUUACACCCUUUAUGGCUCGAAUUCCACAUCAUCUCUGCCAAGAGUCUUAUAUAAAAAUUGUUUUAUUUAUUUUUUAAAACUCUGUUGCAAAACUGUUUCAUAAUACAUAUGUACCAUCACCACCACCACUUUUAAAAACUCUUUUGUGUAUAUUCCCAAAUGAUUAUUUCCUAGUUUAGUAGAUCAUCUUCAACUUGAAGGCCAGAUUUAGAAAAACGUAUCCAUGCCCAUUGUAUUGAUAGAUAUGUGGAAUACAGUGGCGUCUGAUAUACACACAAAACGGUGAUCGUACGGAAGGGGUUUUAACCAUCAAAACCAUUAUGUGCAACAUUUUAAAAUCUGCCAUUGGUUUCCAUUACAAUGUAUUACUUGUCUAGAAUAUAGCCACACGUAAUGCUUAUUCUGUUUAAUUGAUUAUGUCAAAAUAGUGGCUUAAUCUGAUGGGUUUCUGAUCUCUAGUGUAGUAGUAAUUACCUUCAGAACUGUUAUGUGAGUUUGUAUCGAGGUUUGUUUUGCGUUGAUUAGUGUACGUACACGCCAUUGUAUGCUGACACUGCAUACUUAUUACUUUUUUUUUCUCAUCUGCAUAUUCCGCUUUGCAUUUUGUUUUGUACAUUCAGGCUUGGGUAGUGUGUGUAUGUAUGUGAAUCGAUCUAUAUAUGUUGUUUUUUUUUUCUUUUUGUAUGACUGUAUACUAGUUUAAUAAUGUUAUGGAAAAUAUGUGAACUAAUGUGUCACGUGUCACAUGACACAAGUGCCUCUAAAAUGCUUGACACUCUUAUGACCUUGUGGUUACUUGACAAGCCAAGGCAUUUGGUAGUGUUGUACAUACAUCAGUGUUAAUUGGCUAAUAGCCUAGCAGAUCAGUUAAAUACGUAUACUGCCUGGAGAACAGAGCUGGGCAAAUAUGAUCUAAUAUGUCACAGGAUACACGCCUCAUUCGUUAUUUUAACUUAUUAUGACAAAUGGCACUUCUUAAAAAAAAAAAAAAAAAUUUGUUUUUCAUCCAUGUCUGUCGAAUUAGGCAUGGUCCUUCUUGAGGACUUCCUGUCAGCUGACUUUAUUUUUUAUGGUAGAAACGGUAUUUAGAAGUUGUAAAGGAGAUUUUUCAGUUCAAACUUGGAGUCCUGGUUCAAGUAACUACACAGUGUAUCUCGUAAAAAUACAACAGGGAUGGUGCAUUGGUAGCCAUAAACCUCUCAGGAUCUAGUUUUUUUGGAAAGGCCACUUCUAUACACUAGAAACAGACGUCAGGUGUACUUUUUAAUGUAUACAUGUAAAGGGGGUUCAUGUGAUCACUGUAUGUAACUAGUAUAUCUGUUUGUACAGGAAGAGGAAAUUCCUGAACUGGAAAUAGAUGUGGAUGAAUUACUAGACAUGGAGACUGAUCAGGAGAGAGGUGAGCGGGUUAAGGUGAGUACAAGUCCAGGACCUAUCCUGAGAAGGAGGGUGAUGGACUAUUGUUUUGGAGAAGUUGGGUGUAGUCUAAACAUUUGUUGUUGGCUUAUUUCUUUUAAUUUUUUUUUUCCAGGAACUGCUGACUGACUGUUACAAACCAACAGAGGUGAGUGUCUGUCUUGACUUCUUGCAGAGCGCUACAUACACGGAUUAUACAAUCUGUGUUCCUCCAGGAUUUGGGGAUGGCUCUGGUGUCUGACUAUAGAUGGUCAAUGGGGAUAUGCAGAACAUGUAUUUAAAUACUUUGCUGGAAUUGCCCUACCGUAAUGCUUUAUACAGACCAUAAAGCAAAAUUUGCACAUAAAAAAAAAUUAAGUGAUCGAAAACAAGUUAAAGGUUCCUGUUGCUUCUGCUAUCUAUAGAAACAGACAAAACACCUAAACUGCCAUGCAGGGGCGUUGUGUUAAGCUUUGCAGGUAUUGGAGCAUCCUGAUUGUCUGUCUGUAUCACUUCCGGUGAGCUCAUUGCAGAGGAUGCAAAGCUGGGGAAUCUACAGCAAGUGCACAGACUCUUACUGUAUGAAUGUGUGUAAUAUACACGCCUCUGUAUAUAGAGUUUAGAUACUUUAUGGUUUGGAUGAUUAAUAAUGCACCAUUGUAACAAGUGAGCCAGUGGACUGUGUGGUAGGAUGUGGUGAAAUGCUGCAGUUGUAUCAAUGAUAGAUUGUGGUGUGCUGAUCAGCACGCAGGUCUGUAAGGAUGGUUCUAAUGGUAUGUAGUCUGUAUGUAGUACAUGAGGCUGUGGUACGAUGCGGUGUAAUAACACGGCACUAUAUAUAGAAUCUGCACAGGGUACUUUGGGUAGAUUAGGUAUGAUUUAGGAUAACGGAGCUGUGUACUGGAUCCGUAUAUGUGACUGACUAUGGAGGGCUAGCAUGUGAUAUAACACUGCUGUAAACCUUUUGUGUAGUAGGAUGGAGAUUAAUGACUGGGCAAUAUAUAUAUUUGGCACAGGGCACUGUGGUAGAAUGGCGUAUAAUGACAUGGCUGUGUAUAGAAUUGGUACAGGACACUGGCAGGAUGCGGUAUGACUGGUCAAUAUAUAUGUAGAAUUGGUAUAGUACACUUGCAAGAUGCGGUAUAAUGACUGGGCAAUCUAUAGAUUUUGUACAGGACACUGGUAUAAUGACUGGACUAUAUAUAGAAUUGGUACAUGGGUAAUGUGGUAGGGUGGGGUAUAAUGACAGCAAAAUAUAGAAUUGGUACAGGACACUGGCAGGAUGGGGUAUGACAGGGAAGUAUAUAGAAUUGAUGAUGGUCUCUCUGGUAGGAUGGGGUGUAGUGACAGGACAGUAAAAAUAAUUGGUGCAGGACACACUGGCAGGAUGGGAUGUAACAUAUUGGCUGUAUAUAGAAUUAAAUAAAAAAUAUAUAUUUCUGCCUUUUUAAAUAGAUCCAGCAGUCAUUGAAUGUUGUAUUCUAUAUCUGCUCACUUGUUAUACAUAAACAUUAAAUGGACACUAUAGUCACCAGAACAGCUACAGCUUAUUGCUUUUGUUCUGGUGAGUAGAAUCAUUACCUUCAGGCUUUUUGCUGUAAACACAGUUUUUUUUGUUUUUGGUUUUUUUUUUCAGAGAAAAUGCAGUGUUUACAUUACAGCCUAGUGAUAACUUUACUGGCCAUUCCUCUGACUGCUAGAGGUGCUUCCUGGGGCAGUCCUGAUUAGUGUGCAUCACAACAUUGAGUGUCUCCACCCUCUGCAUGCAGACACUGAACUUUCCUCAUAGAGAUGCAUUGCUUCAAUUAAUCUCUCUAUGAAGAGAUGCUGACUGGCCAGGGCUGUGUUUGACUUGUGCUGGCUCUGUCCCUGAUCUGCCUCCUUGACAGUCUCAGCCAAUUCUAUGAGGAAGCAUUGUGAUUGGCUCAGAUGACCACUUCUGAUGAUGUCAGAGGCAGACAGGGGCUGAGCCAGCAACUGCAGACUUGAAUACAGUAAGAUGUUGCUAUAUUAAGGGAGGCAGGGAGGGGCCAGGGGGCUAGAUGGUGGUUUUAACACUAUAGGGUCAGGAAUACAUGUUUGUGUUCCUUUAAAGGGUUACUCCAAGCAUCAUAACCAGUACAGUGGUUCUGAAUCAAGGAGUACUUUAACCUUUUUUCCUGGUAAUGGGUCAAACCAUUUUGCAGUGCCUGGCACACACUGUUCUCCUGUUGUCAGGGUUGACAUCCAGGUUCUGCAAGGCAGCUGUCUCCGCUUGCAUCAGCAGAUUACAUAGGGUAGAUGUAGUAUGCUCUGCUCAGAGGUGCAUUAAUCUGGGUUCCUGAGGUACAAAGCACCCGGCUCCUUAGUAUCCCAUGGCUGCCACCAAGGCCACAAUUUUACCAGAAUCUGUAGAAUUUGGGUCUGUGUGUCUCUGUAUCUGUAAUUUUGGGUCUGUAUGCUUCAAUAUCUGUAAUUUUGAUCUAAAUAUGGCCUGUGUCAAUCUCUUUAUAGCUAUAUAUGUGUGUCUGUUUGAAUCUGAGUGUUUUUCAGUACGUUUGGUGUGUGGGUGUGUGUGUGUGUGUGUGUGUUUAUUAAAUUGUUUUAGGGUGGACUCCUUUUUAUUUUUUUGGUCCAGUUAACAUCACAAAUUUGAUUGGUACUGUGACAGAGCCCAGUAUUCACACAGGAGAAAGUUGCUCUUCAGUGAUUAUAACCCUCCCCAAACACUAGACGACACAUAGUGCUUGAUACAAGAACAACAUUUAAAUAAUUACCUAAAAAUGUGCAGUCCUCUUAUAUGCCACACUAUUAUGCCUUGUGAAAUGCCAGUAUUUGCUGUCGUGGCAAACUAAGCAUAUAUGUCAAUUUUUUUUAUUUUUUUUUUGCACAACAAAAAUUAAGAAUUCCAUAAAAAAAUUUAAUAAUAGAACAUUAAAAAUAAAAAAAACUCGGGAUGUAGUAAUAAAAAUAUAUCUUUUUUUUUUUUAUAUAUAUAAAUGUAUAUAUUAUAACUUUUAUAAUAAAAAGUAAAAAUGCUCCUACAAAUGUAAGCCCUACCUCACCCUUUCACACACAGCGUAUCCCCUGCACACAAACAAGGCAUCCCCUCUACAAUUAUAAUAAUAUUAAUACUCGACGAUACAGUAUUACCUAGACACACAUAUUGCACCACAAACACAGCACAGACUUACUUGCACAUCCACACUACACCAUAAACAGCUCCCCUCUACACACAAUCCCACAUGUCGCUUCCAAACGCAUUCACAAUACCCUUACAUGCCCCGUCCCUGUUUUGUCAUCUGGUAUCCCACUUAUGGAGUCACAAGAGAAAAGUCACCAGCAAUCAUCAGGUUAAUUACAGGGGAAUGCUAUGAUCGUGACAUACAACAUGCGUGUUUUAUAGCUGUAUAGCUCUGUGUUACACUGCUAUGCACAUUACUGUGAGUUUUUAUUUUUUGCUGUGGAGCUCUAUAAUACACUCAUACACCCCACAAAUUACUGUGUGGUUUAUUUUUUUUUUUUUAUUAUUUUUUUUUUUACUGCUUUAACUUGUUUAAUAAAAUUGUAUUUUUAGCAAGCUCUCUAAUCUCUUUGUUGGUUAGGUGAGAUUGGGAAGGUUUUAAAUAGUGUGCGCUUUUGAAUGAAGGAGUGUGGCCCAUGAGGGGCGCUGUAAAGAAUUUUCGCACAGGAAGCUCAAAUGCCUAAGCCUGAAAUAGAUCUUGACAGCUCUCAGCAAAUUAAUUAAAUUAUGUGCAUUGGAAUGGGCACAGAAUUGACCUAAACCAGUACUGUAAUGGCUAAUGACGGGCUGUUGGUGGAGUCGCACCUCCAGCAGAAAAUGGGGUGGGACUCUGUAUGUGUGGUGUUUUCAUAGUGAAACGCUUCACAUACAGGCUACAGACAGGGCGGGUGCAAGGAUUUUUGCCGCCAAAAGAAAAAUUUGCUGCCCUCCCCCCGCCGCACCCCCCUAUGCUCUGCCCACCCAGUGACAUUGCAAUGCCCCACCAAUAUGAUCUGCCAUAUGAACAAACGCCAGUGCUGCACUCAGUGUGUGUUUACAUUAAAAAGCCUACAGAGACAGGCUAUAGACAUCAGAACCACUUCAUUAAGCUGCAGUGGUUCUGGGACUAUAGUGUCCCUUUAAUGUGAGGUAAAUUAGAGAUUAGUGUCAUUAAUAAUAUACUAGAUUGCCUACUUACAACUAGAUGAGGAUGGUGAUGGGCUCUGGCUGCAGUCUGGCUCCACUGGUCUGGUGUAGAACAGAUGAAGAGCUUUCUGUACUCCUCUCUGGCGGCUGUUUGUAUCUGUGGUCACAAAAAUCAAUGUUCUGAGAGAACAGGAAGCAGCUCCAUUUUUUAAUUUUUUUUGGGGGCCCCUUACACAGCUCAGGGUCUGGGCCCCGACGGCCUGACGGUGAGUAUGCCCAUAAGACCCACCCAUAAGUCCACCUACAUACUUUCUACCCAUGAGUUCGCUCACAGUGAGUGGAGUGUGUAGGGGAUGUGUUAUGUGUUAGUGUAGAGGAUCUAAUAUGUGUGCUUAUGGAAUGCAGUGUAUAGGGAUACCAGUUUGUGUAGGUGAUGCAGUGUGUGUGUGUGUGUGUGUAAUGGAAGCAGUGUGUUUUUGUGUAAGGGAUAAAAAGCAGUGUGUGUUUGUAUGUAAGGGAUGUAUUGUGUGUGUGUGUGUCUUUGUGUGUAAUGGAUGCAUUGUGUGUUUCUCUGUGUAUAAGGGAAGCAUGGUGUGUUUCUGUGUGUGUAGGGAUGCAUUGUGUGUGUAUGUAUUGUGAAAGAGCGAGAGUUUGUGGGGUACGAUAGGGGCUGAGAGGAGAGCAGCUCUUUAUUUUUAUUAUAUUUAUUUUGUUAAUAUAAUUUUCUUAUGUUUUGCAUCUUACAUUCCUCUCUUCUUCCCCUAGUGCUCUCUCCCCCCUCCCCUAGUGGUCUCUCCUCUUCCCCCCCCCCACUCCACUCGUGGUCUCUCUUCCUUCCCAGGUGUGCCUCCUACCGCUAGUGUAGCAUGGCCGAGCUGAGUGAGCACUUCCUGUCAGUCCGGCCUAGCUACACUGAGGGACUGACCAGAGGGAGCGCUGUGGGCUUCCCUCCUGCCAAUCCCUCAUAUCUUGCACCCCCGGUCCAGUGCGCCCUGAUGGAUGUGCCGACCCAGGCAGUGCUGCACCCGCCUGAGGUCGUCUAUAGGAAGCACCUGCCUAAGUUGCCUAUAGGAAGCACAGGCCCUGGCUACAGGCACCAUGACCAGUUCAAAUCACUGAAGUGGUCAUGGUGCUUGGAGAAACACUUUAAGGAAACAUUGGUUUGAGCAACAUCCCCAUGGGAGAGGGUGGAAAUGCUAAGGGAAAACACAGAUAAAAAAAUAUUUAAUAUACAUUUGAUUAUUUAGCAGUUGUGAGCAUUAGCUAGAAUGUGCAUAACUGUUUUUUUGUUUUGUUUUUUUAUUACUGUCACAGCGUUUGUUUCUAUGUAAACAAACCAUCGUCUCAUGAAUACUCCUUUCCUCUAAUUUUACACUGUUUCCUGUUUGCUUCCUCUAUGAAAUUGAAGAUUAUAUUAGCUUUUAGUGUACUAAUAAUCUUAAUUUUAGUAAUGACAGGAGGCGAAUAUUUGCAUAUCUUUCUUUACUGAAAACUCCAGCAGCAUAGAAACAGUAACAACCAAUCAGAAAAAAGAUAUGGUGCCCAUAAAAGGCCCUGUCUAUGACAUCACUUCCUCUUUCUUUGAAGCGAAAAUUAGGUAACAACAAAAACACAAACAUAUUAACAGUUCAACAAUAGAGCAGGAAACAUAACUCCGGUAAUUCCAUGGUGUAACGGUAUGAGAAGGCGAGUUCUUGUCCCGAAGGGAAGACGUUCACGCUGAAAUAAAAAGAAAAGGGUGAGAGGUCUCUGAAGUGGAAACCUGUCCGCAUGCAACAAACAUAAGUAACCUGACCAUUCUAAUGGAUACAGACUGUGAUAACUAUCAACACUGUAUGAAAACCGUAAGUUAAAACAUUUAAUAAGUAAAACAAAAUUAAUACAAUGUACAUGGUCACGAAUCCAACAAUUUCGUACUAGAGACAGCUACAUGUCUAAGCAGUAAUACAAUCCUAACAUGCAUGCUAUCCUGAACACUAGAACAUACACUAUAUAACACGAGAUAACUAGGGAGGGAUCCCAUAGGGUGGGAAAUAUUCGCCUCCUGUCAUUACUAAAAUUAAGAUUAUUAGUACACUAAAAGCUAAUAUAAUCUUCAAUUUUACCACAUGACAGGAGGCUUCAUAUUUGCAUUUUUAAAGCUUAGAAUUGACUAGUGUGAAGGAGGCGUGAGAGGAUUGACGAAAAUAAAAAGUCCUAAACGUACUCUCCCGAGUCCAGUCAGCGCAACGCAUAAUGUCGGGUAGGGAUGCGCCUGCCAAGAAGGCUUGGGAUGCUGCCGCACCCCUGACCGAAUGUGCUCCGAAGCUAGGUUCGAUACCUGCUAGCCUCAGUAGCCAGCGUACCCAUCUGGCCAGGGUUGUUGUAGACACCGGAGCGUGAGGUCUUACGUAGGAGAUCAGCAACUGACCCGUCGGGGUGAGCCGAAGGUUGGCUGUGACUUCCGUAUACCUCAGAAAUGUCCUGACAACGCACAGCUUGGGGUCCGAUUCGAAGUAUGGAUAAGACACUGAGGACGAGUCUGAUUUAGUCCGUCUAGAAAUGGAGAAGGUGACCCCCUCCGGAGUGAGAGAGAAACCGUCCACGUCAAAGGCCCUAACGUCUGACACCCGUCGAAAUGAGACGAGGCAUAACAAAAAGGCCAGUUUCGCUGAAAGCUGUUUCAGCGAUAGAACGGGGUUGUCUGGCCAGCCCCGCAGGAAAUCCAGCACCCCAUUCACCUGCCAGAGGUUGGAGUAUUUGGGUGCAGGGGGUCUAGUAAGUUUGGCACCUCGCAGUAGACGGCAUACCAGAGGAUCUUGACCCACUGGCCUGCCUUGUACUGGGACGUGUGCCGCUGAAAUAGCCGAUCUGAUCACGUUAAGGGAUCUAUAUGAUCGACCCGUCGAGAACAGAUGAGCGAGAUAGUUGAGGAUCAGUGGGACAGAGGCAGUAAAGGGAUCGGAAUCCCUUUCCAUGCACCAAGCACUCCAGGCCGACCAGGCGGAUAUGUAACAUCUCCUGGUGCCGGGGGCCCAUGAGUCCCAUAGGAGGUCUUUAGUAGGUUGCGAUAGGCCAUGGACCGACCAGGAGCCCCUGAAAUCGUCCAGGCCACCAGUUCUAGUUGUCCUUCCAGGACGAGGGGAUGGGGUUCCCCCCGAGGUCCCGACAGGAGCAACGGGUAGGUCGGGAGCCGAAGGGGAUGGUCGUGCGACAUCUCCAGGAGGUCCGGAAACCAUGGUUGGCUCUGCCAAAGUGGUGUUAUGAGCAGGAGCGAUAUCCUGUGAGUGCGGGAGUAUCGCAGUACCCUUGGGAUCAGUGAGAACGGAGGGAAAGCAUAGGCCCCAAGGGGGGCCAGUCCUGCAGGAAUGCAUCCGCUGCUUCGCCCUUCGGAUCCGGAAGCCAACUGUAGUACCUUGGUGGUUGGUCCUGGAGGCGAACAAGUCUAUUGUUAGAGGGCCCAACCGCUGACGUAGCGUCUGAAAUAUCUCCCUGUUGAGUUUCCAGUCGCUGGUGUCUCUCCAGUGGCGUGAGAACCAAUCCGCCGUCAGGUUGGAGAUACCUGGGAGGUAUUCUGCUUGCAGCGUGAUGUUUCUCUGUAGGCAGAAACUGUAGAUGUCUUUCGUGGCUUCCGUCAGGUCCUUUGACCUCGCUCCGCCCAGGCGGUUGAUGUAUUGUACCGCUAAGACAUUGUCCAUGCGGAGCAGGAUACAGCAAUUCGACCUGUCUUUGGCCAGGCUGCGGAUGGCGAAGGAUCCCGCGAUCAGUUCCAAGCAGUUGAUGUGUAGGCUGGUCUCCUCCUCCUGCCAUGGGCCUCCCGUGGAGGCGUCCGUGCAAUGAGCGCCCCAUCCCCACAGGCUGGCGUCCGAUUCCACUAUGAAGUCCGGCAAAGGGCCGAAGAUCGCUUUGCCGUUCCAGGCUUGUAUAUGUAGUAACCACCAUCGUAGUUCCGACCUCACUUCUGACGAGAGUGGGAUCCAGUGGUCGUAGGAGUGUCCGGUGCGCAGAUAUUCUGCUUUCAGCCGUUGCAUGGCCCUGUAGUGUAGAGGGCCCGGGAAUAUCGCUUGUAUGGAGGAGGAAAGGAGUCCCACGAUUCGGGCGAGCAUCCUGAGCGGUAUUGUGUCCAUCUUCAGGACCCGUCUGAUUUCCUUCCUUAUUGAAGCUAUCUUUUUCGAUGGAAGGCGUAGUACACAUUCCUUCGAAUCUAUGUCGAACCCCAGGAAUUGGACCGACUGGGAGGGAGAGAGAGACGACUUCUGUCUGUUCACUACGAAACCCAGGGAUUCUAGCGAGUGAACAACAAAUUUCGUCUGUGAUCGCAGCCUGGAUGCGGAUUCGCAAAAGAUUAGCAAAUCGUCCAAGUAAACGAGGCAGCGUAUGCCCCUCGUUCGGAUGUGAGCCAUCACUGGUCUCAGCAGCUUCGUGAAGCACCACGGAGCUGAGCUGAGGCCGAAUGGCAGGCAGGUAAAUUGGCAUAUCCGUCCUUUCCAUCGGAAACGGAGGAAUUGCCUGCAUUGGACGUCCACUGGGACGGAUAAAUACGCAUCUUUGAGGUCCAGGCGAGUAAACCAGUCGUUCUUGACGAGAAGGUCUUGUAGAAGGUGGAUUCCUUCCAUCUUGAAGUGUCUGUAGAUUACGAAUGAGUUUAACUGUCGGAGGUUGAUAACCGGCCUGUAUUCGCCCGUCUUCUUCUUGACCAAGAAAAUGUUGCUUAGAAAGCCUCCCCCGUCCGGUGCGUAUUGUAUCGCUCCUUUCUCGAAGAGGGCGCGGACCUCUUCGUCUAUUAGGUGGUUUUGUCCUGCUAACAUGUGGAUUGAGGGAGGGGGAGCGUUUUGAAUGGGUCGGGUGGCGAAGUCUAUGACGAAACCCCGAACCGUCUGGAGGACCCAGGCGUCUUUGGUAAUCAGUUCCCAGUUCUGGAAGAAAAAGGAAAGGUUGCCUGCAAUAAAUUUUGAUGCCUUUGUGUAUAUAGGUGGACUCACCAUUGGAGGAGCGGCCGCUACCACGGCCUCUGAAGCCUCUGGAUCUCCCCGUUCCUCUGAACGAUGAAGGCCUUUGCGCCGUAGACGGGAAGAAAUUUGGGGCUUGUGGGAAAGGUCUGGAACCUGAGGCCCAAAAACGGCUGGUGGCACGGUUCCGUUGUCGACCAGCCCUUCCAAAAACACCUCUUGUGGAUGGGGUGUGGAACACCUGUUUGAGAGAGGUUUGAGCCUUGUUCAGGGUCGUGAAUAGGUUCACGUGCCUUUUAAGUUCCGCGAUGAAGGCAUCGCCAAAAAGUAGGCCAUGAGCUUUUGGUCCGAAUUCUUUAGCCCCGAGGUCCAGGAGCUUGCUGUCAAUACGUAUUAGUGCCGAUCUGCGCCUUUCGACACAAAGUGCGGCGUUAGCAUUGCCCAGUAGACACACAGCGCGUUGAGCCCAUUCACGGAUGACAUGGGGGUCCAGUUGAGAGUCUUGGCUGAGAGCGAGGUCCGCGAAGUAUAGCAUCUUGGCAAUGGGGCCGAGCAAGUCCAGCACUUUGUCCUGUGCCGCUUUCAUGCCCUUUUCCGCCCCUUUGCGUGGGUCCCUGCCCGCGCGUGACAUGAAGACCACCAUAGUGUCGUCGAAUUCGGGCGUCAGCGCCACCUUGUCGGGAAUUAGCGGCCUGGGACAUUCAGUCCUGAGGCGCGCCCGUACCUCCUUCUCCAGCGGUUUGCGCAGCCAGUAAUGUAUGAACUUCGCCAGGUGAUCUGGCAGUGUCCAUUCCGAGGACCGUGGGUGUCGGGUGGUGCGCGGGUCGAACAGCGGUGUCCCUUGGUCGUCCAAGAAGACCCCGUCUUCAGACUGGCCGGUGUGAAGGUCGUCAUCGAGUUCCUUGGCCCGGUUGCCGUCCUAAUGCGCUUGACGGACAACUUGCCCCUAGUCUUGGUGGAGGGAGGACUCAAAACCUUCCUCUGUCUCUUGGCCUUUGACACCUCAGAGCCUGAAGCUUCCAUGCGUUCAGGGGGGUUUGUGUCAUCUUGGCCGUGGGGUAGCGCCCGCAAGAGGGCCUUUCCUACUGAAGCCGCCACGGCGGCGUUGAUCAUGGUUUGGAAGUCUUGGGUGCUUUGAGUAUCUUCCAUGAUCUGGGGCUUGUAUCGACCUGUCGGGCGAAAACAAGGUUCAGUGGAGGGGAGCCACGUACAGAUAUAGAUUGACUCUGCGUAUGUUUAAAAGGCUCUAUAUGCACGUAAUAUAUGAUUCAGGGCAAUAUGCGUAUCUCAGUACCUAGGAGGUAUGGGCCCUUGUGCAUAUCAACGGGGUUCGCCCCGGGUGGUGUGCCGUGGCAAUCAGAGGACACCCACAUCAAUUAAAUUGGGUCGUCAGCGCCCUUGCAUGCGUAUCUGGGGGGUCACCCCAGGUGGUGUGCCAUGAAAAAAUACCCAGAGGACACCCACAUAAAUUUGCACCCUUAGGUACAGUCGUGUAAUAUGACCCUGUGUAGGGUUAUUAAUAUAGCAUACCCCUGAGGGUAAAGUAAUGUCAGAUCCCCUGUGGGGUAUGAAUGUAUAUGUCCCAGCAAGGGACAGUGAGUCAAUCUGUACAAUUGAUAAAGAGCCUUUAAUAGUCAACUUCAUAAUACAUUUCCUGUGCAUGCAAUUUCUCUGCCUCACUGAGGCAUAAAUACAGUGUAGGAAAAAACACACCCUUGAAGGGUGUAGGUGUAGCAUAAAAAAUAUGAUGGCACUUGUGAGCAGCUGGGGGGUCACCCUGAGGGCACUCCCCGGUAUCGUGGCGGCGAUCGGGUGAAUCCCGAACCGCCGUGUGUGAGGGUGAGGCGGAUCUCGCGAGCCGCGAGAUCCAAGAUGGCCGCCGGCCGCGUGGAUAGAGGUGUCUCGCUCGCGGCCGCGAGCGAGGUGAAGAAAAACGCGGCAAACUAAAAAUUAAACCCCGGCUACCCUCCACCCGUCCCCAACAGCCCCUGUGUGUGGAGAAAAAGCGGGUCCGCGUGGUGAGCGUGGCACCGACGGCCGCGCCGCCCGCGGGCCGCCGAAAGAGAAAUAAGGAGGAAAAUAACGCAGCAGAACAGAGACACAGAGGGGAAAUACUAAAGAGUAGGGGGGACAGUAUAGGCAGUCAGGGGUUAAAGUAGUACAAUAAAAACACAAUAAAAAACUAGAAAAGUUACAAUUUCUGUGGAAAUUGUGUGAAGUGUUCUUGCCUCCACCUGUAGUCUACAACUGGAGUGGGCGGAGUAACUGUUAUCAUUUACAUAGCACAUUUAAUUGCAACGUUGUUGCACAGUUACAUUAAACCAUACAUUUAUAAAAACAUUAGCAGGUGUUCAAAAGGCCCUGUCUAUGACAUCACUUGCUGCUGCAGCUUGACACAGGUCAGAGUAUUUUGCCGGUUGCCAUCUUCAAACGGUCGUAUCUUAAAAACUAUAACUACUACAGUGAAGAGCUUUAUAUUGUGAGAAUCACAAGACCAAGACCUACAUUUUGAUGCAUAGUAUGUCUCUGAAGUAUUAAAAUUGAAGGCCCAGUCGCAGUUUAGAAAUUGCACUUCAAAUUUGAGCUUUGCAGAGUGAAGUUUCAAUGAAUGUCAAUGGACGGCGUUGGUUGCAAACAAAUGGUCAUAUUGUGAAAACUAUCAGGACUACGGCUUAGCCGUUGACAUGUUUAGUGGCAGCAGGGAUAGCUGAACGUUUUGAUAUAAGAUUUGUGUAGGUGGGCCUGAAAAUAAGGGAGUGGUGGCAGUUUAGAAAUCAUGUCCUGAUUUUUCAGCUUUUGCAGCUCCCACUCUAGCUUUGCCAUUCAUUCCUAUGGGACAAAUUCGCCACAAGAACGACGAUAUUCCGUGAACCAUUCGGCGAAACGUUCCACAAAGUAAUAGCAAUCCGAUCGGGAACAAUCUGCACGUUUUGGUAAAUUUUUGUCUAUGUAGUGUAAAAACUGUGGGAGGAGUUAGGGUGGCAAAUUUUGCUAUAAUAAGAAUAAUAAUAACUAGAAAAGCUACAAUUUCUGGGGAAAUUGUGUGAAGUGUUCUUGCCUCCACCAGUAGUCUAGCACAUUCAAUUGCAACGCUGUUGCACAGUUACAUUAAACCAUACAUUUAUAAAAACAUUAGCAGGUGUUCAAAAGGCCCUGUCUAUGACAUCACUUGCUGCUGCAGCUUGACACAGGUCAGAGUAUUUUGGUGGUUGCCAUCUUCAAACGGUCGUAUCUUAAAAACUAUAACCCCUACAGUGAAGAGCUUUAUAUUGUGAGAAUCACAAGACCCAGACCUACAUUUUGAUGCAUAGUAUGUCUCUGAAGUAUUAAAAUUGAAGGCACAGUCGCAGUUUAGAAAUUGCACUUCAAAUUUGAGCUUUGCAGAGUGAAGUUUCAAUGAAUGUCAAUGGACGGGUUGGUUGCAAACAAAUGGUCAUAUUGUGAAAACUAUCAGGACUAUGGCUUAGCCGUUGACAUGUUUAGUGGCAGCAGGGAUAGCUGAACGUUUUGAUAUAAGAUUUGUGUAGGUGGGCCUGAAAAUAAGGGAGUGGUGGCAGUUUAGAAAUCAUGUCCUGAUUUUUCAGCUUUUGCCAGCUCCCACUCUAGCUUUGCCAUUCAUUCCUAUGGGACAAAUUUCGCCACAAGAACGACGAUAUUCCGUGAACCAUUCGGCGAAACGUUCCACAAAGUAAUAACAAUCCGAUCGGGAACAAUCUGCACGUUUUGGUAAAUUUUUGUCUAUGUAGUGUAAAAACUGUGGGAGGAGUUAGGGUGGCAAAUUUUGCUAUAAUAAUAAGAAUAAUAAUAAUAAUAAUAAUAUAUAUGUGAGAUAACAUUAAGUGGUCUUGCUAUGCAAGAACACUUAAAUACAGCAAUACAUAAGGUAUACUAGAGGUAAAAUUACUCUGACCUGUAUAUGGCUGGAGCAGCAAAGAAAGAGGAAGUGAUGUCAUAGACAGGGCCUUUUAUGGGCACCAUAUCUUUUUUCUGAUUGGUUGUUACUGUUUCUAUGCUGCUGGAGUUUUCAGUAAAGAAAGAUAUGCAAAUAUGAAGCCUCCUGUCAUGUGGUAAAAUUAGUAAUUUUGCCAACAAGACGUCUCUAUUUUGACCUUUGAUAUAUCUGACAUAUCUGUAUGUCUUAAUGAGAUUAAUACCAGAGUAAAACGACCUCUUUAUUUAUUUAUUCUUUACAUCCUAAUAUAGAUUUUUUUUUUUUUAUUAUUUUGUAUUUUUGCAGUGCAUAGUAAAGUUACAGACAGGCCUGAGUUACUCCAUCGGCAAUCCUCUGGCAUUCUCUCACGCGAUCCUUGUGGGGCAUAUGAGAAAACAUGCACAAUUUUAUGAUCUAGGCAGGAAAUCUAAACGUGAAGGUAUCAAGUGAUUAGGAGCUAUACUAUAGGCAUGAAAGUAACACAGGCUUAAGUGUGUGUCUUUACGGUUAGUUAAGUAAGUUCUUGUUUUGCCUUGUAGACUCCGGUUUUUGGCUACCGUGUAGGCCCCUUGGGUUGGCGGGUUAAGCAGUCAUCUGACACAGCUACGGGGGUUGCUUCUCACGCUUGGAUUCAGUCUGGUUAGGGGAGCAGUAUAGCCUCGCAGAUGUGGGUCACACCUCCUGCCCCGGUGCCUAUGGAGAGCUGGUACUCUCUGGCCACGAACCUGGGAUCCGUUGUUGUCCAGGGUCUUCCCUGUUGGGAUGGUGCUGUGGGUUAUGCGGUCGUUCAUUGUGUGUUGUCGCUUGUGGCCCUCCACGUAUGUGGCCGGUACCUGCGGCGGGGACCGGGAUAUCGUCCAUGGGGAGGUGAGGGGGGGGGGGGUUCUUGUGCUCGUGUGUGGCUUGGAGCGGCGGGAGGAAAGUGGCCGCCUUUCCCCUCCACUAUCCCCCGGUAGGCCUCAACCUGCUGCUGCGGUUCCUGGUCGAUCCGGGUGUCGAGUGUGGUAUCUUUAGGUUCUUGCGGGCUUCCCCUAUCCGUACAGCUUUGUGUGGAGAGGUCUGCAGCCUGCAAUAUCGUUGCGGAUAGAGCCUGUACAGCAGAAAAUCAUGCGAGACGCGUCUUGUUUCUUUUGCUGGUCGGGCUCCGCCCCCCAAUAUAGAUAUUUUACAUCUAUAUAUUUUACAAUUCCAUAAUUUAUUGUGCUGCAAACUCUUAUUGGCCAUUCACUGCACUGAUCGCUAUUAAGAAUUGACAAGUAAAUUGCUUUUUAUUUUAUUUUUAUUUUUUUGCUGCUUUGGCCUAAAUGUUUCAAUACUGUUAUACAGGGAUGCCCAAAAAGUAGAUCCCCAGGUGUUGUAGAACUUCCAACUCCAAUGAUGCUUUGCAUGCCUUUACCAAGGCCGUAGUUUUAAAACAUCUGGGGAUCUUCCUUUUGGGCAACCUGCUUUAAUUAGUUGUCCAUAAUUAUUGGUUUAGGGACUUACUCUUGUAGGUGAAGCAAAGCUAGCGUUUGGCUUGAUGCUAAAUUAUAGGCCUUUCAAUUUCUACUUGAUAUUGAACACUAUUUUAAAGUCCGAACUCCUUAAGCAUUUUAAAUAGUAAUGUACUGUUUAACGUUCAUUAGCCACCUUUGCUGAAAUGCUUCUGUGCAUUUUCCAUAUUAGAAGCUGUAUGGACUAAUGAGGAACCGCACAGUCUAUUUUCUCUUAAAAGGACACUAUAGUCACCAACACAACUUUAGUUUAAUGAAGCAGUUUUUGAAUAUAGAUCAUGCACCUGCAGUCUCACUGCUUAGUUCUCUGCCAUUUAGGAGUUAAUCACUUUGUUUAAAUAGCCCUAGUCACACUCCCUGCGGGUGACUUACACAGCCUUCCUAAAUACUUCAUGUAAAGAGUCAUCUAAUGUUUACACUUCCUAUAUUUCAAAUAUAUAAUUUUUUUAUUAAGAAAUUCUUAUCUCCUGCUCUGUUAAUUGCCUUCUAGAUCUUGCAAGAGAUGUAAUUAAAGUUAAAUUUACACAAAAAAAAUAAAAAAAAAAAAUGAAUAAAACAAACAAAAAAAACUUUUGAGGUACGUUACAUCUGAUUUAAAAGUGAAAUCAUUUAUUUUCAUACAAGUGGUUGGAGUCACAGCCAGGGAGGUGUGGCUAGGGCUGCAUAAACAGAAACAAAAAUGAUUUAACUCCUAAAUGGCAGAUAAUUCAACAGUGAGGCUGCAGGAGCAUGAUCUGUACACCAAAACUGCUAAAUUAAGCUAAAGUUGUUUUGGUGACUAUAAUAUCCCAUUAUGUCCAUAGGUGGGAGUUGGCACCCAGACCACUUCUGCCCAUUGGAGUGGUCUGGGUGCCAACUCCCACUACCCUUAACCCUGCAGCUGUAAAUAUUGCAGUUUUCAUAAACUGCAAUAAUUACAUUGCAGGGUUAACUCCUCCUCUAGUGGCUGUCUACUAGACAGCCACUAGAGGACACUUCCUGUUUUCUAGCACAGGUUUUCUGUGCUAGAGCGUCGCUGGACGUCCUCACGCUGUGAGGAACUCUAGCGUCGCUCAAUUCCCCAUAGGAAAGCAUUUUCAAUGCUUUCCUAUGGAGAGGUCUAAUGCGCGCGUUGCCACGCAUGUGCAUUAGGUCUCCCCCACUGGCGGCCGCGCAUGUGCGAUCGGUCUCCCCCGCCGGUUGACGUCGGCAGGAGAGGAGCAUGGGUGGACACAAAACCACCGCCGAGGGACAUCGGCGGGGGUCUCAGGUAAGUCACUGAAGGGGUUUUCACCUCUUCAGCAACAUGGGAUGGGUGGUGGGAGGGAGAGGUUACCUGCAGUGCCAGGAAAACGGUUUUCCUGGCACUGGAGUGUCCCUUUAACCAAUUCACACGGUAAACCUCUGAGUGAAACGUUCCCAUAUGCAAAAAUGUGUCCUUGUUUGAUUUCCUAAUUUUUCCUAUGUUUGACGUGACUAGCUUGUAGCAUAUCUGAAGUUUUUCUAUCUGUGCCAAUGUGCUGACCAAUGGGAAACUUUGACAUUGGGUCAUUGGCACCCAACGCUAUCAGAUUUCAAGAUGAAAUACAUUGUGGUAGAGGGAAAACAUCUGCUUUGCAAACAGACAGAAUUACCCAACUGAUCUUUAAAUUAAUAUUGACUUAUUGGGGGGGGGGGAGACGUGGCAUAUAAGGAUGAAAAAAGAGGGGGGGGUGGGGAAUCAUUUUAUUUUAUUUUUUUUCUUGCGAGAUUGGCAUGUAUCUAGUGAGAACCAUCUCACUAGAACCAAAAAUCUGGGACAAUGUUUCUUCUCAUACCAUGCUGGCACUAUAUAUUAUAGUCAUUAUUCCGGUUUGCUAACCUUCUGAUGCACUCAUAAAAUAUGCUUGUAUCAGUAGGGUCUGUACAAAUACCUACAUCACUACCUUGUUCCUAAUUUUACACCAUUUCCUGUUUGCUUCCUCUGAGAGGAAUAGGUAUGGGUGAAUUCUGACUUACUCCAGCACCUUUUAUAUGUUGGGUCCAUGAGACCCAGAGAAGCGUUGCAUAGACAUGCGAAGUGGCUUGGCCACCCCACAGCCAAGCAAUAAACACCUUGUUUAUAUCACUUCUAGAUUAAUGGAAGUGUCAUCUGGGGCCUCCCACUCCUGAGGGUUGGGAUGGGGUGCUUGGUACAGUAUUGAAAUGUCCAUUUAAAAAAAAAAAAAAAAAUGAAUGAGAGAUUGCCCGCCAUGAUUCGUUAGGACCCCAGACAAAGUAUUAACCUUAUUGGAGGGAGCUGUUUUGCUGGUGGAGCGGGGUGGGGAGACUUACCCUUCAAUCUACCUUGUAUGGUUUUAAUUGAUUAAGACAAAUUUGUUUCUCGCAACGGUUCGGAAACCAGGACAGUGGGAGAUGUCCUUGGAAGGGGCAACAUAUCAAGAGCUACAAACUCUCAGGGGCAAAUUAGAGGGUGCCUUAACAUAAUUUCUCCAUUACCGCCACCUAUUCUACUAGCAGGGGUAACCAGUGUGGAAGGAUGGUCAUACGUCUUUUAUGGGACAAACGUGUGUGUGUGUGUGUGUAUGUGUGUAUAUGUAUAUAUGUAUAUAUAUAUAUAUAUAUAUAGUGCACCCAGAUGAGUGAGAAUUUGACUUUGGCAGUGGUACACACUGUGCCCCAUGUUGCUUGCACUCACUCUGAAACUCUUGCUGAACAACAAAAGGGUUAACAUGGACAUCCAGGGGUUUAGGUCUGAAACAGAACACCACAAGGUCAUGACCUCCUCCUUGUGGUCUCCAAAAUUGAGAAUACACUCCCAGCUAUUUUAUCCAAAUUCAGAGCAUAUGAACAACUCUCUGAUUUGCUAAUAAAUUACGCAAAAUCAGAGCUACUCAAUAUCCCCCUCACCAAAGCAAAAAUGAAAAGGAUCUUUUUACCCAUUUUGCUCAAAUUUAAAGAUUGUAUCCAAGAACACUUUAUCUAUUGAAGACUUAAGUCUAAGCAUGUUAAAAUAGGCUCCUCUACAUGUGAGUUGAAUAAGAAAAAUAUACAUGUGUGUUGCUGAUAUUUAAAGGUACACUAUAGGCACCCAGGCCACUUUAGCUCAUUGAAGUGGUCUGCUUGCAGUGCCCCUGUCCCCUUAGUCCUGCAAUGUAAAUCAUUGCUGUUUUUGAAUAACUUCAAUAACUACAUUGCAGAACUACACCUGCCUUUUAGGGGCUGUCAGACAGCCACUAAAGGCGUCCUGAUGGCUAACCAACUUAUGGUUGCCUAACUGACACUGGACGUCCUCAUGCUCUGCAUGAGGCCAUCCAGCAUCUGUAAACUUCCCAUAGAAAAAUCAUUGAAAUAUGGGGAGAGCUUUAAAGGGACACUAUAGUCACCAGAACAACUAUAGCUUAUUGAAUUUGUUCUGGUGAGUAGAAUCAUAACCUUCAGGCCUUUUGCAGUAAACAUGGUCUUUUCAGAGAAAAUGCAGUGUCUACAUUACAGCCUAGUGAUAACUUCACUGGCCACGGCUCAGAUAGCUGUUAGAGAUCCUUCCUGGGUCAUGGCUGCCUAAAAUCCACCAAACAUUCAGUAUCUCCUCAUCUGCAUGCAGACACUGAACUUUCCUCACAGAGAUUCAUUGAUUCAAUUCAUCUCUAUGAGGAGAUGCUGAUUUGCCAGGGCUGUGUUUGAAUUGUGCUGGCUCUGUCCCUGAUCUGCCUCUUUGUCCGUCUCAGCCAAUCCUUUGGGAAAGCAAUGUGAUUGGAUCAGGCUACCUUUUCUGAUGAUGUCAGCAGACUGCUUGUUUUUCUGAGGCAAACAGCAUGCAGAGUUACAGUUUCAGGCUUGAAUACAGUAAGAUUUUGCUAUAUUUAUGGAGGCACGAGGGGCCCAGAGUGGCUAGAUGGUGGUUUGAACACUAUAGGGUUAGGAAUACAUGUUUGUGUUCCUGACCCUAUAGUGAUCCCUUAAUGUUCAUGCAAAUUAGCACCCCCCAUCGGAUGCCUGAGUAGGAGGCGGAAUGCUGAGGGAGAUCUGCGCUGGAAUCGGGUGUGGGGGGGGGGGUGAACAAAGGUGUGAAUUUUAAGGUUUUUUUUUGUUUUUUGUUUUUUUUUAAUAGGGGGUUUGUUGUAAACACUUUCCUUGCUGGGGAGGGGAAUGAGGUAGUGGUGGACCAGAGGGCACUAUAGUGUAAGGAAUGCAACUUUUUGCCUUUUUAUUUUUAUUUCAGACUGAAACAGUAUUCCAGUGUUUAGAAAAUGUGUAGCACACAUAGGAUAACAAUUCCAUAGUUUAUUAUGGAAGAUGUCAUAUGUAUGAGAUACACACAAAUACUGUACCUUUAAACAUAGGCAUAUGCUACCUCUUUACUUACAUUCUCUGUGAUUUUGUUUUGUUUAAAUGUCUAUUCUAUAUGCAUUUCAAUAAACCUUUUUAUUGUAUAAAAAAAGGAAUACGACACUUUUUACACAGACCUACCUACCAUUACUUCGUUAGUGUUGUUCAUUAGAUGGGAAAAGUAAAUAUUAAACUAUAAUAUGGUUAUCUGACUUGUUUGCUUCAGAGCUGCCCAUGCAAUACCCAGAAUGAAGAAUUGCAUUUUCUAUUUUAAACUUUAAUAUUGCCUGGAAAUGUUUCUUUUGUAACCCAUCUCUGUGCCGUAUUAGAGUACCAAUUACAACCCCAUGACAUAUUUCUCUUAAUGGCUAAGCCAUCCUUCAGCGUGGCACAGUAUCAAAAAAUUUAGCAAAAUCUGCAUAGACUGAAUCUCCUGCCUUGAUCUGAAUUCCUAUUAAUAUCUACUUAAAGCCCAGCAGGUUAGCUAGACAGAGAAAAAAACUGGCAUUCCUCCAUUAAACCAUAAUGAUCUAUUCUAUAGCAAUAUCUCAUUCCGCAUUGCAUGCCUGCACAUUAUUACGUUUAUUGAAAUGUACGCGUCUGCAGUUCUCGUGUUUCAUGGUUAAAAGAAAAUUUGCACCUCAAUGCUAUUGUAUUAUAGGCUUGACUGAUUUUUGUUCGUAGAAAUGAAUAAAAAAAAUAUGAAAGCUUUUUUUUUUUUUUUUUUUUAAUGUGAAUUGUUAGAGGAUCUCUAUAUGGAGUAAGGGGUAAUAUAUACUUGGUAUCCCUCAAUGAGGAAUGGUUCCUGGCCAUCCAUAUGAUUGUGAACUGCCUGUGCCAAUGGAAAGGACUCCUCUGUAAUGACACGAAUGAACUAAAAUGUGUUUGUAACUCAGUGUAAAAUACCUCAGAGGGGCAAAACGUGAGAGGGGCACCAUAACCACUUCAGUCCUAAUUAGAAUCAAAUCGCCAUUGCUAAUGUGUAAGUUCGCCAAUAACUGUAUACCUAGAUAGAUACUCGGACACAGGCGCCUGGGGGACCCUCCUUUUUGUGCCUUAAAGCUUGAAAAGAUUUGACACCAAAAAGAGGAACAGUGUUUGGUACAGACUAGCAUAAUAAUCAUUACAGAGAGCUGCAGUGUUUGUGGUGCAUAGAGUGCCAUUUUAAGCUUUUUGGGUGUACUUCUAGAGAGAGAGAGAACACCGAUGUAAAGAAAGUGAUGCAUAUCUGAUGGGGGUGGAAAUAGGCUCUAAAAACAUUGGACUGUAUCUGAACGUAAAUAACUAUAUAACCGGUGAGAGUAACAACAUCCAAGCUUAUUACUUUGUAUUUAUGAACGCACUUUAAAAAAAAAUAAAAAAAAAAAAAUACUUAUUUAUUUAUUUUAUGACAAACUCUGAACAGUGUCUUUCCAUCCUUUAUCCCGCAGGCCUUUGUUUCUGGAUUGCUGGAGAAGAUUCAGGGAAUGCAAAAACUGAGCACCCCUCAGAAAAAAUAAAGGGGAGAGAGCAGCACCCGCUAACACUUCUGGCAGAAGUGCCAUUUCAGAGGCUGUCAGGGUCAUAGGAUCCCACUAUGGAUGGGUGGCUGCCGAAGGUUUGUGUGUAGUUGCAGCACAGGCGAUCCUCCAUUUAGUUUUUGUUUUUUCUAUGAAGUUUUUGUGUCUGGCUUUUUUUUUUUUUAAAUGGUCUUUUUUUAAUUAAAUGAAGAAGAAAAAAAAAAGAACAUGUUUGCAG